AAGAAAUCUCUCUCUCUCUCCUCUCUCUUUGUCUCUCUCUCUCUCUUUAUCCUUGAGUCGAAGAAGAUGACGGAAUCAAAUCAGAUCUCUCGGAAGAGGAUGCGAUUCUCGUCUUACUCAGCUAGUGAGAUCCUCGCUACAAGCAAACCACAGUAUCAGAGACACCGCUUCGGCCGAAUCGAAUCUCACACCGGAGACGGACUGCGUUUCAAUAACUCCCCAUCAGUCACGGGAAAAAUUACUCCGAAAGUUCUUCGCACGUAUCCUCGAGUCACCAUCAAAGAUCUGCGUCUCAGACGCGUGUUUACUCCGAGCUCGAUCUGCGAGUUUAAAACCAAGGAACAAAUUGAAAAGUAUCCUUGCGAUUCGAACGUUGGGAAAGAAGGAACCAAGGCCGAUGCUGGUGGAUUAGGAAAUGCACGAGCAGAAGAUUUCCUUAAAACGACGCCGCUUGAUUCCGUUAGUGGACCUACAACAUGUGAAGAGAUCAAUGGAACAGUAGUGAAGAAAACGGGUGCUAAUGUCUGCAACAAACCGGUUCUUCGUCCAUGUUCUCGAGCCAAGAUAUUCAAGAACCCUGGAUCCUUCAGCUACAAGAGACUGCUUCCGUACUUGAUGCAAGCUGCAGAUGGUACAGCAUCAGGCCUAUGUUCGAAACCGGAGCAGAAUCUUUCUAAUGUUAACCAAGGGAAUGGUGAAGUUACUGAGGAGGAAGCAAGUGAAAUGGUGAAAGACGAAUGUCAACUUCCAGAACCCACCAAAGACGUUGCCCAGUCAGUGGACGGACUCAUUAGUAAAUAUUUUGGAAGUGGAAGCACCAUCCCUUUGAAGAAGGUUGAAUCCACCAAGGCUGUUGCGCAAUCAGUGGAUGUAAUUAUCAAUGAACAUUCAGCUGGAAGUGGAAACACCAGCCCUUUUAAGAUGGUUGAACCCACCAAAGUUGUUCCCCAAUCAGUGGACGGAGUCAUCAGUAAACAUUCAGCUGGAAGUGGAAACACCAGCCCUUUGAACAAGGUUAUUGCGUCCAGCCCCAACAAAAAAACUGCAUUUUCUAGGCGCAAGUUAUUUAAAACACCAGGUUCUGUUAAUUACAGAAGAAUGCUUCCAUAUCUCAAAGAUAUUCAAGAAGACAAUCCUUGCGUGCUUGAAACAGCUAAUCAUCCAGAUCAUAAAAAGAACACAGGGGAGAAUACUCCAUCACCGAUGUUAGUGUCUGAGAAUGAAGGGGCAGAGGAUAUAGUGACAUCUAAUGUUGCUAGAGAAUCAGAUACAUGCUCUGACGAAGACAAAGAGCUAAUUCCGUGUGAAGCUGUUUCUGAGUCCCCAGAAGGGUCUGAUACUGACAAGGAACAAGAAACUCAAGUUAAGCAUGUCAUCACAGACACUGAGAAGAACUUGGGAACUCCUCAAAAUGAUUUGGGCUCCAAGGUCCAGUUCUCAUCUCCUAUUGCUGGCUCAACAAGUUCAAGUGAGGUUGCUCUAUCUGCAUUGAACAACAUAUAUGUCGAAAAUCUGGCGGGUGAAGAACUUGUGAAAACAGACGCUAAAAACAAGGCAGAGCAAGUAGAGGCAAACAGUUCGGAUUUAACAGCUGAGCUGCUUGAUCCUUCUGCUGUAUCUGGAACUCCUACCUCCAUCUCUCCCUCGAAAGGGAUUCUCAAAAGGAGUAUAAGAGGUUGUAGAGGGAUAUGCUCUUGUUUGAACUGCUCCUCCUUCCGUCUAAACGCAGAAAGAGCAUUCGAGUUCUCAAGGAAUCAACUACAGGAUACUGAAGCUGGAGAUGCUGCAAAGAGAGCUUCUGAGGCUGCAGAUCUUGCAAAAAGCCGCCUCUAUCAGAUGAACAAUGACCUUCAAGUUCACUGCAGAAUCCCCAACGAACAACGAGCAAGAGUGAAAUUCGCUCACUACGUCCACGAGAAGACCAUCCUAGAAGCAUCCCAACCUACACAGCUUGACCCCUAG